AUGGUUUUGGCACUGGCUGUGCUCUGGGUUUCUGACACUGGUCUCAGCGCCACCCAACGCCCCCUUCCCUCUUCAGGGGUCGGACACUGGUCUCAGCGCCACCCAACGCCCCCUUCCCUCUUCAGGGGUUUCGGACACUGGUCUCAGCACCACCCAACGCCCCCUUCCCUCUUCAGGGGUUUCGGACACUGGUCUCAGCGCCACCCAACGCCCCCUUCCCUCUUCAGGGGUCGGACACUGGUCUCAGCGCCACCCAACGCCCCCUUCCCUCUUCAGGGGUCGGACACUGGUCUCAGCGCCACCCUACGCCCCCUUCCCUCUUCAGGGGUCGGACACUGGUCUCAGCGCCACCCAACGCCCCCUUCCCUCUUCAGGGGUCGGACACUGGUCUCAGCGCCACCCAACGCCCCCUUCCCUCUUCAGGGGUCGGACACUGGUCUCAGCGCUACCCAACGCCCCCUUCCCUCUUCAGGGGUUUCGGACACUGGUCUCAGCGCCACCCAACGCCCCCUUCCCUCUUUAGGGGUCGGACACUGGUCUCAGCGCCACCCUACGCCCCCUUCCCUCUUCAGGGGUCGGACACUGGUCUCAGCGCCACCCAACGCCCCCUUCCCUCUUCAGGGGUCGGACACUGGUCUCAGCGCCACCCAACGCCCCCUUCCCUCUUCAGGGGUCGGACACUGGUCUCAGCGCCACCCAACGCCCCCUUCCCUCUUCAGGGGUCGGACACUGGUCUCAGCGCCACCCAACGCCCCCUUCCCUCUUCAGGAGUCGGACACUGGUCUCAGCGCCACCCUACGCCCCCUUCCCUCUUCAGGGGUCGGACACUGGUCUCAGCGCCACCCAACGCCCCCUUCCCUCUUCAGGGGUCGGACACUGGUCUCAGCGCCACCCAACGCCCCCUUCCCUCUUCAGGGGUCGGACACUGGUCUCAGCGCUACCCAACGCCCCCUUCCCUCAUCAGGGGUUUCGGACACUGGUCUCAGCGCCACCCUACGCCCCCUUCCCUCUUCAGGGGUCGGACACUGGUCUCAGCGCCACCCAACGCCCCCUUCCCUCUUCAGGGGUCGGACACUGGUCUCAGCGCCACCCAACGCCCCCUUCCCUCUUCAGGGGUUUCGGACACUGGUCUCAGCGCCACCCAACGCCCCCUUCCCUCUUCAGGGGUCGGACACUGGUCUCAGCGCCACCCAACGCCCCCUUCCCUCUUCAGGGGUCGGACACUGGUCUCAGCGCCACCCUACGCCCCCUUCCCUCUUCAGGGGUCGGACACUGGUCUCAGCGCCACCCAACGCCCCCUUCCCUCUUCAGGAGUCGGACACUGGUCUCAGCGCCACCCAACGCCCCCUUCCCUCUUCAGGGGUCGGACACUGGUCUCAGCGCCAACCAACGCCCCCUUCCCUCUUCAGGGGUUUCGGACACUGGUCUCAGCGCCACCCAACGCCCCCUUCCCUCUUCAGGGGUCGGACACUGGUCUCAGCGCCACCCUAUGCCCCCUUCCCUCUUCAGGGGUCGGACACUGGUCUCAGCGCCACCCAACGCCCCCUUCCCUCUUCAGGGGUCGGACACUGGUCUCAGCGCCACCCAACGCCCCCUUCCCUCUUCAGGGGUUUCAGACACUGGUCUCAGCACCACCCAACGCCCCCUUCCCUCUUCAGGGGUUUCGGACACUGGUCUCAGCGCCACCCAACGCCCUCUUCAGGGGUCGGACACUGGUCUCAGCGCCACCCAAUGCCCCCUUCCCUCUUCAGGGGUUUCGGACACUGGUCUCAGCGCCACCCAACGCCCCCUUUUUGCAAAGCACUAAAUGCAGUUCUCUAUUUUUUGCAAAAAUAA